UGGUGAUGAAACGACUUAAUGACGUGGUAUACCGCAUACAAAGAAAUGGGAAAGCACGAUGUAAAAUGAAAGUAGUACAUUUGGAGAGGCUCGCCCCAUUUGGUUCAAGAGGAUUUGUGCCUAAUCGGGACGAUUAGGCUUUAGUGGAGGGCAGUGUUACAAAAAGUAGUAUUAAGUUGUAUUUGUAUUACUAUAUGCAUCCCUGAUUAUGAACAAUAGCUGUAGGUAUAUGGAAUAGCAUUUGUCUUGUUGUAGACAUCUGGCGCCGCACUGUCUGCUUGUCUAGUUAAACAAUUGCUGAGUCUGGCGCCGCGACUGUCUGCUUGCGUCUGGCGCCGUAUAGCCGUAUGUUCUGGUAAUUUCCAGACGCGAUAUUCUAGAAGGACACGUCGGCAUCAGCGAGAAGUGCGUGGCUAUAUAAGCCGUGGCAGCGCCAACGUAAUCAAUCAGUGCUAAGAGUAAACUGCUAUAGUGUAGACGAGUUGUGAAAUAAAGAGUUGUCGAAUUAAAUUAAACAGUGUUGAUUUUAUUUGUCAAUCCAGAGAUACGAACCUAACAAAGUGAACUAGCAAAGAGUAAAUUCGUAACAAUUGGUGUCAGAAGUGGGAUUGUCAAAUAAUCCAAAUUCAAGAUGGUUAAAUUCGGAGAAUUGAGAAUUCAGCAAUUAAAAAAAGAACUGGAGGAGCGUAAUUUGCCGAUAAGCGGGCAAAAGGCGGAUCUGCAGGCACGAUUACGUGAAGCAAUGGAAGCGGAUGGAAUUAAUGUGGACGAGUUCGAAUUUAAUGGGCCAGAAACUUCUACAAAGGUAGAAGAAAAAGUAGAAGAACAACGAACAUCAUCAAGUGCAGACAUGAACAUGCUGUUAGUGGCUUUUAAGCAAAUAAUAGCUGAAAAUAUAUCACAAAUAACAGAAAAUGCAGUGCAAACAGAAAAUCGUCUGGCACAGCAAAUAGCCGAGAAUGUAGUGCAAACAGAAAAUCGUCUGGCACAGCAAAUAACGCAAAUAGCUGAAAAUACAUCACAGUUAGAGUCUCGCCUUACACAACAAAUGACUGAAAAUAAUACGCAGUUAGAAAAGCGUUUGGCACAACAGAUUACAGAAAAUAAUACACAAGUGCAAGAGAAAUUUUCAAAAUUUGAAGACGAAUUAAGCACUUUAAAAAACGACGAAGAAAAUUUAAAAUCAGAAGUUCUUCAGUUAAGUAAUCGUGUGCGAGAACUGCAACUACAUGGCCCUGCACCAUCAAUAAAUAAUCAAAGAUUGAAGGCACCCACAUUCGAUGGAAGUAUUCCAUUUCAAAUUUUCAAACUUCAGUUUGAAAAGACAGCAAUGGCCAAUAACUGGAAUGCAGCGGACAAAGUGGCGUCCUUGUUUGUAUCAUUGAAAGGGCCUGCGGCAGAAAUCCUUCAGACUAUUCCAGACUGUGAACGGGACAACUAUGAGGCAUUGAUGAGUGCGAUAGAAAGACGAUAUGGUAGUGAGCACCGGAAACAAAUAUACCAGAUCGAACUGCAAAAUAGGGGUCAGAAAAUGAACGAGUCAUUGCAAGAGUUCGCAACUGAAAUAGAACGACUGGCUCAUUUGGCAAAUGCAGAUGCACCUGUGGAUUACAUUGAGAGGGUAAAAAUUCAAUGUUUCAUAAAUGGAAUUCGUGAUGUGGACACCAAACGCGCCACAUAUGCAUUGCCAAAAAGAACGUUUGCUGAAACGGUUUCGCACGCCCUCACACAGGAAACAGCUUCCCUACUAAGUAAACCAGCACACAAAGUACAAAGAGUUGAAAUGGAACAACCGGCGCUGAUGGAAGAAAUAUUGAAGACUCUGAAGACAAUUGCUGCACCGCGAGUAAAUACAACAGGAAGAUGUUUCAACUGUGGAAAAGCGGGUCACUUUGCCCGAAAUUGCAAUAUAAAAGUAAACCCAUCAAAACGGAAACAACCAACAGAUAACGAGGACGGAGCAUCCACAUCUCACAAGUCGUUAAACUAA